CGGGUCAAUAAAACUAUAUAACUGUUCUUCUUUAAGUUUGAUUUGAUCAAGUGGGAGGCAACUUUGUUGUUUGUCUGUUGGAGACAUAAUUCUCCUCCAUCACAACCAAACGUUAUUUCAGAUUGUUGCUUGGUGUCCACCAACUACAGGAAAUCUUCUGCUUUGGCUUCAUGAGAUGUCUUCUCCAGAGCAACCAAGAGGGCAGAACUCAAGGACGAGAAAGAUGAUGGAGAGUGCAAAUGGGGAGACCGAUGAAACUUCAGGCUUAACGACUCCCCGGAGCCACGAAGUGCCGCUGUGUUCUUCAUAUGAAAAUGGUAUCACCCGUAUCCCUGAAGAAAUUCGGUUGGGCGACCCAGAAGCUUACCAUCCUAAGGCUGUCUGCAUCGGCCCCUACUUCCAUUCAGCGAGAAAUUCGCCAAGCUUCAGGCGAAUGGAGCAGCACAAGCGCUGGUGCGUCAACAGAUUGCUGGAGCGCAGCAGCCACAGCCUUGAACCUUUGGUUCAGGCCUUCCUGCUUAGACUGUCAAAGGCGAUCAAAACAAAGUCUUUCCUGCAGCUAUACUCGGGGCCAGUUGAUAUGACAGAGGAGGAAAUCGGUAUGAUGCUGCUGUUCGAUGGGUGCUUCAUUGUGCACUUCUUGCUGAGGCAUGAUCCUAACAAGGGUGCAGAGCAUGAAUACUGGACAAAGCUGGAUGCUGGGUUGCUGGAUCACGACUACGGGACGCACCAGUGGGAGAGGCCAUGGGAGUGGAGCUUGGUGGCCAUCGACAUGCUCCUCCUGGAGAACCAAAUACCUUUCGUCGCCGUCAGGAUCCUGUUCGACAUUCUGAAGACGGAGCACGACGAAGCUGUUGACCUGACGGCAUGUGCAAGGAGCAUGUUCAACAAGUACCUGCCUGCUGGAAUGCGCACGUCGACGCGCCCAAUCCGCUGCCAUGAUGCGCGCUGCCUCCUGCAGCUCCUCUACAGGUCACUCCUCCCGAACCCGAAGCUACGCAGUGAUCUGAUGGAGCCACCACCGAGGCCACCAAGAACCGGCAUUGAACCUGCCAAGAAGCUCGACGCCGAUGGGGUCAGCAUCACCAGGCGGCGUCGGCGGCGGUGGUGGUGGCCGCUGAGCCAUUUCCAGGAGCCCUUCACCUUCCUCGACAUCGCCUUCAGCCAUGGCAAGCUGCAGAUCCCUCAGCUGGAGGUCAGCGACGCGAGCAUCCAGCUGCUGCAGAACCUGAUCGCGUUCGAGAAAUGCUACGAGGGAGCUACCACGUGCCAUGUGGCCAACUACGCCGCCUUCAUGGACGCCCUGAACGCCGAUCACCAUGACACGGAGAUGCUGCGCAGGAGGCGUGUUCUCGACGUGCGAUCCACCUCUCCCCAGCAUGAGGUGUCCUUGCGGAGGCGGUGCAAGCAGGACGUCGACCCGUCGUCGGAGAACUACCUCGGCCGGGUGAUGGUGGAUGUGGUCUUGUACAGGGAGGCGAGGGCCAGCAGGAGGAAGACGCAGACGACGCCGAUGUCGGACACCAUGUUCUUCGUGGUGCUGGCUGUGACGGCGUAUGUUUUUCUGGCUUUGUGCUGGUACAUCGUUUCCUAAUGGCAGCGACAGUGGUUUCUGACUUCUUUUGUUGUUGAUAGAUAAAUAUUUUGAGACUUAUAAAUACCCUCCGUUCCUUUAUACUUAC